UCCUUAAAAGUUUCCUCUCUCCAUCCCCUGUUUUCGCCCACACGUUCUUGAAUUCAAAGCGCAAUUCCCUCUCUUCCUCUUUCUCUCAAUCUCUCUCAAUCUUCCAAUUCUUUCAAUCUCGCUCUUGAAGAUUGUCAUUGUUCUGAAAAGAUUCAAAAUUUGGUUUUGGGAUGUGGAAAGUUGCAAGCUUUUUCUGUUGAGAUGGAGCUUGUUCCCAUGGAGAGCAGAGCUGAAGGAGGAAAGUUCAUGGAUGGAGAACCCUCAGAUGAAGCCCCAUCUACAGCAAACCAUCAUCUUGAUAGAAAUCAAUUCCCUAGUUCAGUGAGGCAGAAAGCAUAUAGAUUUGAUGCAUUAGGGAAUUACUUCACAAAAGCAUGGGAUCUUUCAGAGGGACAUGGUUCAGAAUUUUGUUGGUAUCAUGUAGAGGUUCCUAGAGGAAACCACAAGCUCUCAUUGUCUGCUCAAUAUCUCAUUGAUGCACUUUGCCCUCCCCUCAAACUCCAAGACAUUCUCUCCCUUGUUAGCAAUGGACCUUUUUGUGGCUAUGUCUCAGGUGCUUUGGUCUUUAGGGUCAAUUCACCUGGCCCGGCUUCUAGCAGUUUCACUCUCAGGCUUGCUGCUAGGAUAACUGAGAGCUUGGUUAUUACUGUUUCUUUAGGACGGGUUCCGAGGUUGGGCUUCUCACCCACAGGGCAAUCUUUGCUAUUUGAGAUUCCGACAGUGGAGAACCGGAAUUUGGUUAAGGAUGAGGAGUGUGGAGGAACAAGUGGCAUUCUGAUUAAGGAGCAUGUUCUUGAGUUUUUGUUGACCAUGAAUCAUUCUGAGGAGGCUGAUAAUCCUGUUCCUUGUACUGUUGCAAAUCUCCUUGUGCAUAUUGUUGACACUCAUGUAGAUCAAGUUCAGGAUAUAGUGACCAAGCUUGAGAUAGAGUUGGAUUCAGUUGAGCUUGAGCUAGAUAGAGGUGGCUCAACAGUAAAGAAACAGAUGUUGGAUGAUAGAAGAUUUCCCAAAAUGCAUUUGAACUUGCAACGACUACUACAAGUAGUUUCACAUGGGGAACAAGUAUACCCACGCGUCAAAGAGAAAUGUGCAGCUAAAAAUUGGUUUGCAACUGAAGACAUAGUUGCUCUUGAAGAGCUUAUAGGUCGUCUUAGGAGGCUUAAGGAGAACUUGGGAUUUAUAGUAAAUCGAAUUACAGCUGUUCAAGCCGGUCUUGAUAGUUGGCAAGCAGAACAGAUAAAUCGAAAGCUUUACUACCUUUCUGUUCUCUCAAUUGUUUUUCUGCCAUUGUCCAUUGUCACUGGAAUAUUUGGAAUGAACGUCGGUGGUGUACCAUGGACAGGGCAAAAGGACCCUUCUCUACAAGAUGGUUUUGUCAAUGUCUUACUGCUCUGUGGUGCUGUAUUAGUUUUGCUCAUGAUCUGCUUCACUUUUCCAGCUCUGUACACCCGCUUACAUUCUUGUAAACAAACAUUGCAUCGAAACUGGUCUCUUAAUAGAAAAUCCUUUUUGAGAACUCUUUCUCGACGUGGAUUCCAGGAAGGCGGAGGCUAUACUCGCCUUUGAGAAUUCUUCAGCCCUUCUGAAAGAGUUCUUACAAGUGAUAAUGCCGAAAAGUUUUUUCUUUGUUUGAAUGCCUGAUUGCAGGGCUAAAGUUUGUAUAUCAAGCUGAGUUGAUUUACAGUGUCAAAAGAAUGAAAAUAUCAUUGUAGCAUAAAGCAUAGGCAUGUCACACUUCCCUUUUUGUUUGUUUGUUUGUCACUUCCACUCUAGUUUUGUAUCCUGAGCACCUUGAAGCUAAUAAUAUUUAGCUCAAGUUGAUACAAACCAUUACAUUUGUAUGUAUCUGUUGCA